AUGGUCAAAGUCACUGUUCUAGGUGCUGCCGGUGGUAUCGGUCAGCCAUUGUCUCUUUUAUUGAAACUCUCUUCUUAUGUCGAUGAGCUAUCUCUUUACGAUAUCAGAUUGUCAAAAGGUGUUGCUACUGAUUUAUCCCAUAUAAACACAAAAGUCAAAGUCACAGGUUUUGAACCUUCUUCUAAAGAAGAUCAAUCUGCUAUCAAACAAGCUUUGCAAGGUACAGAUGUUGUUAUUAUCCCAGCUGGUGUUCCAAGAAAACCUGGGAUGACUAGGGAUGAUUUAUUCAAUAUUAAUGCUAGUAUUAUUCAAAGUUUAGCUACUGCAAUUGCCACAACUGCUCCAAAUGCCUUUGUGUUGGUUAUUUCAAAUCCAGUUAAUUCCACUGUCCCAAUUGUUGCUGAAACUUUUAAACAACAUGGUGUUUUCAAUCCAAAGAGAAUCUUUGGUGUCACCACUUUAGAUAUUGUUCGUGCAAAUACUUUUAUCAAAGAAUAUGAUUCUUCAUUAAAUGGUGUGGAAGAUGUUAAAGUUGACGUUAUUGGUGGUCAUUCUGGUGAAACCAUUGUUCCAAUUUAUUCAACUUCAGAAAAAGGUUCCAAAAUCUUCCAAAAAUUAUCAAAAGACCAAAAGAAAGCUUUAAUUAAAAGAGUUCAAUUUGGUGGUGAUGAAGUUGUCAAGGCAAAGAAUGGUGCAGGUUCGGCUACUUUGUCUAUGGCUUAUUCCGGUUAUAAAUUUGCAGAAGCUUUGAUUCGUGCUUUGAAAGGUGAACGUGGUGUUGUUGAAGAUAGUUUUAUCUAUUUAGAUUCUUCAUUACCAGGUGUUUCAAAAGUUAAACAACGUACUAAUGUUGAAUACUUGUCAUUACCAAUUAGAUUAGGUCCUGAAGGUGUUGACACUGUCGAGAGUGGAAUUUUGGAUAAAUUGGACUCUACAGAAGUUGAAUUGUUUAAAAUUGCAGUUAAUACUUUGGAACAGAAUAUCAAAAAAGGUGUGUUAUUUGCUAAUAAAUUAAAGAGUAAGUUGUGA